AUGUUCUCAAUAAAUAUAUCAAAUGAUUGGCUACUUCUUGAUCAUCCCCCGUGCAGUAUAGCUUUUAUACUUAUUCUUGGACCCAUCGGCUACAGACGAGAUGCGAGGGCUUUGCCAAACACGAAAUCUUGGGGUAGCAACACAAAACGCGGAACCGGUCGAUGCCCUUUGCACACACACACACACGCAGGAACUCUUAACUGGCUGCAGGAGAUUCGUAGCAGGCGGCCGCACAGCCUCCUCCGAUCGAGACCAAUCAACAAUGCAUUCAGCGACGAAGGGUUUAAUUAUUCAUUAGGACCCAAACAUGUGAAACCCUUAAGUGACAUGCCGCAUAAUGUGUGUGUAUGUCGAUAUCAUGCCAAUUUUAACUAUUUAAUUGAUAUAGCCCAAAAAGAUUUUAUAAAUGUAGCUUCGGUUAGGGAUUUUUUAAACGAAACGUGCUGCAAUACAGAAAAUGAAGAUUGCAUGCUGGGCAGUUGUCAAAGAUGCUGGACAGUUUGGGAUGUAAUUAAACAAUCUGUAGAUCAAUUUACCAUAACAACUUGGAAACAAUGGGAAAAAAACAGAAAAUUGUCUGCAAAUAACUAG